AUGACUCGUAGUAGUCUUUUCGAAGAGUUGGCAGCGAUCGCCAAAGAACGAAUCAUGAUCAUCGACGGAGCGAUGGGAACGAUGAUUCAGAGAGAGUAUAUGGAGGAGCACGACUUCCGCGGAGAGGUAAUUCAUUGAUUUGUAAACUAAUUAAAACCAGUUUUUAUCGAAUAACAUCAAAAACUUAACGUGGCACGUGAUAAGAAGUACGGGACAGAGAACAGUUCACUUAUUGAUGUUAUCAGAAAGUGGUCAAAUACCAGAGAAUGAAUGAGAAUUGCAGAUUCUGAAAGAUCACGACAAACCACUGAAGGGAAACAACGAUUUGCUCUCGAUCACCCGUCCGGACAUCAUCUACAAGAUCCACAAGCUUUAUCUGGAAGCGGGAGCCGACUUCAUCGAGACGAAUACUUUCUCGGGAACAACCAUUGCUCAAUCAGACUAUCGUUGCGAGCAUCUCGUGCAUGAAAUCAACUUCCAAUCGGCUCAAGUCGCCAGGAAAGCAGCUGAAGAUGUGGGAAAGCUACAGGUACGGAAAAAAGUGUUUCUCUAGUUCAGAAGUUGAAUUGUUUCUCCCACCCAGGUAGACGUCGUUAUGUGUGCGGAGCGAUCGGGCCCACUAACAGAACGCUUUCAAUUUCGCCGUCAGUUGAGAAACCCGACUUUAGGAACGUCAGUGAGUAUCUUUUCACGAAUUCUAAAGCGAAUUGUACUGUUUGCAGCCUUCCAAGAACUGGUGAAGGCGUACGGAGACCAGGCGCGCUCGCUUCUGCAAGGAGGAGCCGACGUGCUUCUCGUGGAGACCGUCUUCGAUUCGGCCAACGCGAAAGCCGCCCUCUUCGCCAUCCGAACUCUUUUCGAGGAUGAAGGCGUGCCAGAAGUGCCCGUUUUCCUCUCCGGCACCAUCGUCGACAUGUCCGGUCGAACACUGUCCGGACAGACAGGUGAAGCGUUCCUUGUCUCCACGAGACAGGGACAUCCGAUGGCCGUCGGGUUGAAUUGUGCGCUCGGAGCCAAGGACAUGCGACAGUUUGUGGAGAAUAUGUCCACGUGGUCCGACACUCUUAUCUUGUGUUAUCCGAACGCAGGUCUCCCGAAUGCUCUUGGAGGAUACGACGAAACGCCGGAGGAAAUGGCCGCUGUGCUCAGCGAGUUCGCCCGUGACGGUCUCGUCAACAUCAUCGGUGGCUGCUGCGGAACCACGCCGACUCACAUCAAGGCGAUGUACGAUGCAGUGCAAGGCAUUUCCCCGCGUGUCCCUCCGUCAGACCCGCACGCCGGAAAAAUGCUGCUCUCCGGCCUGGAACCCUCUGUCGUGGGCCCUGAGACCAACUUCGUGAACAUUGGAGAGCGUUGCAACGUGGCCGGAUCUCGCCGUUUCUGCAAUCUCAUCAAAAACGAAAACUACGACGCGGCAAUCGACGUGGCACGAGUUCAGGUGGACUCUGGAGCACAAAUCCUCGACGUCAACAUGGAUGACGGUCUUCUAGACGGUCCCUAUGCGAUGGCAAAGUUCCUGAGACUCAUAUCGUCCGAGCCCGACGUCGCCAAGAUCCCAGUGUGCAUCGACUCGUCCGACUUUAACGUCAUCAUCGCGGGUCUCGAAGCGACGCAAGGAAAGUGCGUGGUCAAUUCGAUUUCACUGAAAGAAGGAGAGGAAAAGUUCAAAGAAAGAGCGAGAAUUGUGAAGAGAUACGGAGCGGCGGUGGUGGUGAUGGCGUUCGACGAGGAAGGACAGGCCGCAGAGACGGAUCGGAAGUACGAGAUUUGCGAGCGAUCAUAUCGCAUUCUGACCGAAGAAGUCGGCUUCGACCCGAACGACAUUAUCUUCGACGCCAACAUUCUCACAAUCGCCACCGGAAUGGAAGAGCACGCGAACUACGGAAUGUACUUCAUCGAGACAGCCCGAAUGAUUCGCGAGAACCUUCCGGGCGCGCACGUCUCCGGCGGAGUCUCCAACAUCUCCUUCUCAUUCCGUGGAAUGGAAGCUAUUCGCGAGGCGAUGCACUCCGUCUUCCUCUUCUACGCAAUCAAAGCCGGCAUGGACAUGGGAAUCGUGAACGCGGGCGCGCUUCCGCUCUACGAAGACAUCGACAAGGCUCUGCUUCAUCUCCUCGAGGAUCUUCUGUUCAAUCGGGAUCCAGAGGCGACGGAGAAACUACUGGUGGCGGCGCAGGAAAUGAAGAAAGACGGGAAGAAGAGCGACCAGAAGACGGACGAGUGGAGGGAGACGACUGUGGAGGAGCGGUUGAAGUACGCGCUCGUCAAGGGAAUCGAUCAGUUCGUGGUUGCGGAUACGGAAGAAGCGAGGCAGAAUACCACCAGAUAUCCCAGGUAA